AUGGUUCUGGACGUUUCGCUGGCGGGUCGCCAGAAGCUGUGCUGGGGAGCCUGGACGUUCUUGGCGCAGCUGUGGUGGUUCGCGACACCGCCGGCCGGCGCCGACCCGUCCCCCUUCCGACUGGACCUGGCCUCGCCUCUGCACGGCGCCUGCGGGGCGCCCCGUUACCGCUUCGGUAUACAGCCCGCGAAGGAUUCCGACUGGAGCCCGGACCCUAGCACGCUGAUCGCCAACGGCUCCACUGUGGAAGUCCGACGCUUGGAGCGGACCGACAAACACGAGUUUCUGCUCACCAUGACCUGUGACGUCACCGGACGGCACACAGGCCUGCAGAAGGUCGUGAAGGUGGACGUGCUGGACCGCAAUGACCACGGCCCAGAACUGUACGACGACCGCGACCUGGCCCACGAUGUCUACCUGUGCGGACGGCGGAACAUCAGUAAGGGGGAGCUGGUGCGUCUUCUCAAAGUCCGAGACUUUGAUCACCACCAGCGCCCGGAGCACUACGAGUUUGAGCUGAUCGGGGACGUGCGUGACGUGUUCGAGCUCCGGCCGGGCAGCUUCUACCUGGGCAACUAUUCUGCCGCCCAGGAGAGCGACUGGGAGACGCUCUUCUACACCGAGCUCGUCUACAAGCAAAGUAUGGAUCCAUACAUCAUGCUCGGACAGGAAUACAACUACUCCAUCAAGGUGCAGUUCAAGGACGCCGCUCUUCACCCAGCCUUUGGCAAUGACUCGAUCACGAUAACGGUGAACCUGCUGUCCUCGUGUCCGGCGACCGAGCGGCCGCCGCCCGACACCACACCGCUCGCCACGGACGCCCUGCCGCGAACCUAUGACGUCACCAUCAGCCGUGCGGCGUCGCGGUUCGCCCGCGUGUUCGCCGUUCCCCCCGCGGCCGGCCGCCGGAUACAGCUGGUCGACGGCGAUUGGCCGGCGUUCGCGCUCGUGCACGCCCAAUCACCCGUCGUGCUGACGCUGGUGACGUCACUGGAGCAGGUCGAAGCCUCGACGCCGCCAGGCGAUGAGGCGAGUGCGCCAGUGACGUCGGAGGGACAUGCGGAGGGCGUGGUGGUGCCAGAGGACACGGCCGCCUGGACCGGAAAUAUCACCGUCCUCGUCUGGCUAACGGACGGCGACGACGCCGUGUGUGGAGAUGACGUCCAAAGCGGCGCCAAAGCUGGCCGUGAAAUGUGCGCCUCAAAAUACCGGGAGAACGAAUGCACGAGCACGUGCGGCGCCGGCGCCAACGACACGUGCUCAUGGCGCCCGGCAGCGAAGCACCUGACGGAGCUAUACGGCACGUGCAGCCCGGACCUGGACACGUGUCCGGACGGCACGUGUGACCCGCUGGAGGAGCUCUCGAGCGCCAUCUGUCCGCAGGACUGUGCCGCGGACAGUCAGGAGGGCAUCUUCCUGAGGCUGCCGGCGGCCGGGCGGGGCAUCAAGCUCGGCCGGGGCGUCUGCUUCUGUCACUCGGUCGACUCGUGCGUCUGCUCGCCGUCCGACCAUCUGCCGCUCGACUCCAAUGUCUCCGAACCGGACGGAGGCAGCGGCCACGCACCCCACCCCGAGCCAGUGGACGGCAUGAAUUGCGGCACCAGCUGCAUCGUCGGCAUCACUUUGGGCCUGGUGUUGCUGCUGGCUCUCAUCUUCUUUGGGCUCAUGGCCUACGACACCAGGUGCGGCCGACCGAAGAAGCUGCAGAAGGACCCGCUCGCCGCCGGCAUCUCGCUCUCGCUUAUCACUGCCGACAUGGACAUGACUGUCAACCCGCCCGCCGGCCUGACGGCCAGCGCGCAGUACUCCGUCACCACCCAGUUGCUGGAGGCCAUACCGGUGGACGGUCGCUGGGAGUUUCCCCGGCAGCGCCUGCUGCUGGGAGACACGCUCGGAGAGGGCGAGUUCGGCAAGGUGGUGCGCGGCAGCGCCCUGGGCAUCAGCGGAUCAUCAGGCUACACAGCGGUGGCGGUGAAGAUGCUGAAGCCGGCCAGCACGCCAGCGGAGCUGCAGGACCUGCUCUCCGAGUACAACCUGUUGAAGGAGGUGAACCAUCCCAACGUGAUCCGUCUGCUGGGAGCCUGCACCGGUCCCGGCGGGCCUGUCUGCAUCAUCAUGGAAUACGCCGAACUGGGCUGUCUCAGAACGUACCUGUACCGGAGCCGGAAGGCGUCGCUCGGCGCCGGUGACGGCGACAAGGCGUGUGCCAUCACGCCCAAGGAGCUCAUCAGCCACGCCUGGCAAGUGGCCCGGGGCAUGGCCUAUCUGGUGGAGAUGAAGAUGGUUCACCGUGACCUGGCGGCCCGGAACGUGCUGCUGGCGGAGGGCCACGUCUGUAAGAUCUCCGACUUCGGCCUCACACGGGACGUGUACGAAGGCAGCCUCUACCAGAAGACCAGCAAAGGAAGGGUGCCGGUCAAGUGGAUGGCUAUUGAGUCAUUGGAGGAUCACAUAUACACCAGCAAAUCGGACGUCUGGAGCUUCGGCAUCCUCCUGUGGGAACUGGUGACACUCGUGUUCCACAGCCGGUGA